UUUCUUCCCUGAGCGACAGGUGUUUUUUUUUAAUCCAUUUUGGAGCGCACCAUGGAGCUGGCUCCUGCAGCCUGCUUGUUCACGGCGCAAAGUGUCCCUCUCAGCCCGAGCGGCAAACCCGUCCCGGCGGCGUCGGCCGCCUCCAAGCGCGCGCGCUCGUCCUCCCCGGAGCUCCUCCGCUGCAAGCGCCGCCUCAACUUCGCGGCUUUCGGCUACUCUCUUCCCCCGCAGCAGCCGCACGCCGUGGCGCGGCGCAACGAGCGCGAGCGCAACCGGGUCAAGCUGGUCAACAACGGCUUCGCCACCUUGCGCGAGCACGUCCCCAACGGGGCCGCCAACAAGAAGAUGAGCAAGGUGGAGACGCUCCGCUCGGCCGUCGAGUACAUUCGCGCUCUGCAGCAGCUGCUGGACGAGCACGACGCCGUAAGCGCGGCUUUCCAGGCGGGCGUGCUGGCCUCGUCGCCCGGCCUGGCGGCGCAGGGUUACCCGGCGGCGGAUAUGAACUCCAUGGCCGGCUCGCCCGUGUCCUCCUACUCGUCGGACGAGGUGUCGUACGACCCCCUCAGCCCGGAGGAGCAGGAGCUCCUCGACUUCACCAACUGGUUCUGAACUGAACUCCUCUCGAACUGCGUAUUUUCAAAUACUCCUCAGUUGAAAAUGGAGAUGGAACCCCCGUGGCCGGAGGAUGCUCGAGAAGCACCCAGCUCCGGGAAAAAAAAACAAAAAAAAAACGCAGGACGUCAAGUGGGGACGAACACAGGACAGAUUUUUGCUGCCCAGGCGCAACAACGAGCUAUAGCAGCACAUUCAUUAAAUAUGAAGAAACUAUGCUAAACCCAAUCACAACAGCCCGGAAUGCUUCCAAUUUAUAAAAAUAAUAAUCUAUCAUCUCCUCUGUUGUUCU